GGCUGUCGCGGCCUCCAAUGGGCGCUGAGCUCCCGCGCAGACGGCUCUCAUUGUGUCUGGUAGGUGGUCCGCGGCCCGGGAGGCGGCCCCGGGUUCAGCCGAGGUAAAGCAGGCAACCGCCGACCGAAGCCUCCGCGUGUGCUGGUGGAGACACCGAGCCGCCGCUCCUCCACAUCCGCUCUAAUGAAACAACCUGCCGAUACUGCCUUCUUCGCCCCCCACUCUUGGUUUUCUAAAACCUCCCGUCACCUUAACUCAGCGGCGUCAAGCUAGCUAGCGUUAGCCGCCGGGAUUUCAAAACAAAAGCGUGAGAGUGGCGCCUGUCGGAUAAACGCUCUGGUAAGUUCUGCUCGAAGACUAUAAAAACCAAAUCAAUGGAUGGCGCUGGACACUCUCUGAACAAAUAACUCAAAGCAGAGCGCGCACUGCAGCGGAGCGUCUGGUGUCAUGCGAGGACAUCUAUAAGAGGGAGUCUGGCUGUUGAUUUCCAAGACUGACUCAGCCAGUAAUGGACAGCACAAGAAUGCGUAUGAAAGGCUGUUCUUAUUAACAAAGCUACAAUCCCCUGAUUAUUUGACAAGUAUCUACACCUGAGGACAGCUUUACCUGAAUGCGUCAUAGGGUCCAGAAUGCCAAAGGAACAGCCUUGCCUGAGCAAGCACAGCCCCUGUGAUACGUCCAGCAAGAAUGCUAAAGAUGAGCGCAACAGUACGACUCUGCUGGCGAAGCAUGAAACUAAAGACGCAGACGACUCUAGUGGAAGGGGCUCCAACUGCAGCUCAGAAAAAGACUCUGGCUACUCUGACGGCUCAGACUGGCAGCAGAUGGACGUGGAGGACCAGCAUAGUGACAAAAGCCAGUCCAGAGGUAGUGAGUGCACAGAAACAUCACAGCCUGACCAGAUCAAAGAACGUAGGCAAGGAAUUCCUGAGAAUCCUACCCUGAUGCUUGCAGGAAGUGAGCUCCCACCCAUCUACGUUAUCGACAACAUGGUGCUGAAGCAGCCGGACACGAUCCAGAAAAAAGGUCAGCUACUCUGGAGAAAUAAAAGCCUGGAAUCAUGUAGUUCCAAAGUUCCCCAUGUGAUCAUGUUGCCGACCACCCGGCAGCACCACAAACCCUUGUCCCGGAAGCCCAACAUCACUGGCAAGAAAAGAAAUGGCACAUACCUGCCUAUUUUUAACUCCUAUCCCCGCAUUGCACCACACCCCAGCAAGAAGCCCCCAGAUAAAUCUUCAUCAAAUGACAAGCCCCAGAAUCUAAGCCAGAGUGUGUGCACAGAACAUAAGAGUGACAGCACACCAGGGACCAGGAGUCUGCUAGAGCAGCACCUUAAUAAGCAACCCGAAUUAGCAUUCUCAUGCUCCUCUUCACCAAGAGAUACUGUAUCCUCCUCCACUUCCGUUAUUGCUUCCUCGGGCCAGGGCUCUCCAUCUGCAUCCACUGUCCGCACCACAGGCUCCUCCUCCCUCCUUGCAUCAAGAGGACUUCAAAGGAAUGGCACCACUAAUGUUCGCCACUGCCGUUUCCUCAACACAUUAGAAAUCCUCCGACAAUCAGGUUUACUAGACAUUACACUGCGCACCAAGGAGCUGCUGCGCCAAAGCAACGCUACCGAGCAGGAGAUUUCCCAACUGCGCCAGCACACAGAGCUGCUGUGUCAGGCCGCCAGAAACCCCAGCUGCGGCCCGAGCUCUGUCACGGCCUGGGAACCUCUCCACAGGGCCAUGUCCGAGUCCUGCAGGUACCCCAACCUCAAACUCCUGCAGAAUUUACAAACCCCGCCUCAUCCAGAUUCCUCUGGUCAACCAGAGAGUAUUAACAUGGUUGACAGCGGGCAGUCAGCCACUGAGAACUCGGAUGUGUUACCGUCUUAUUGUCCCACCGCCUUACUGGAUCCAAACCAGAACUGUUCUGUAUCACAGUAUCAAUCGGAACAAAGCAGGGAGCUCACCACCGGUGGGAAAGUCACCUUUACACCUCCUGACAGUUCUACCGGUUAACACAAUCUGCAGUGCCUUGAGGAGGAGAUUGUGCCAGUGGAGAACCGGCAUUUGUGUUUUGAAAUGAUGUGGGUUUUUUAUGUUAUAUCUUUGCUUAUUUUAGAAUGUACUGUACAAGAUGUCAUUUUGUUCCCAGUUGAUUUAUUAAUUUCACUGGAGUUACGUUUUUUGACAUCUGAACUUUGAUUUCAUAAUUAAUGUGCUUAAGUGCAAUUCAUUGCCAAGGCACCAUCAUCUACCACCACUGCAGACGUUGCAGAACCACACGCAGGAGGAGACGCUGUCUGCACGCGAGCCACUUGAUGGAUUGUGUGAAAAUAUGUUUCCUUAUGAGGAAGAGGACAUUUGCUGACCAUCAAGGCGCAUUUAAUGCAGGUAUGACAACUUCCGCAUGCACUACCAGGUCAGUUGUUCAUUUUGCCUUCACAACAGUUGGACUUUAUUCAGGCAAAAUGGGAAUAAAUCCAUCUCCUUGUAGAUCAUGUUUGGAUGAAAGUGAGUUGUGUCCCAAUUCAGAGGCUGCAUUCAUUUGGUUGAGUUGAAGCAUGAUACUACAAGUAUUGUACCUGUGGUUUUGCCAGCGCAAUUACCUCUUUAAAAAACGGUCAUUUAAAGCACAAUGACUCCUGGAAUAGCUUGGGUCAGAAAGGAUCCACCUGCUGGAGCCCUCGUUUCUCUGGGAUGGAAGGAUGCAUUAGUUGGCCGCAUUUGAAGGAACCCUCGAUAUUGGACAGUCCAGUGGCACCACAGAGAUGCGAUUGCUUUUCAAAUGCAGACUCUGAAGGCCGCAGCCACUGAAUGAGACACAGCUGUAGUUUCCUGAGCAAGAGCAGUCGCUGAGAUUGGUGCCUUCGAAACUACAGAAAAAAGCUCCACGAAAAACGGCACUUUAAGGAAACUGGUAGCAUUUGAGGCACCUGAUGUUGCAGAGAAACUCCUCCUGUAACGUCACAGACUGCAUCACACUGGACUUCUGCAGGGACUUGUUUCCAAACGCUUCCCCAACAAUGCCUUAAAGACUCAAGUGAUAUUUUACUCUCUACAAAGAUACAUAACCGCCGCAGGUUGUGAUACUCAUUGAACUCUAUUCAUUUCACACACACACAGCACAUGCCUUGCGAUAAUAGAAGCAAUUUAACCACAGACUGGAUGACUGCAUCGCUCAGGUCAGUUACACCAGCUCCUCUCAUGCAGCCGCUUUCUCCAGUUGGAUGAUUUUCUUUUUGUUUGCACCUAGCCACUAAGUGUUUGUCUUGUGGUCGACCGUUUUUUCAUUCAUAGAUGUAGCUCCGUUUGCAUCGUGAGCCUGAGAGAGUUUGACAGUGUUUUUGUAUAAAAGUGUGUUGACUCAGUGAUUUUUUUUAUGCAUGUGGUAUUCGUGGGAUUAUUCUUCCACUACUUUGGGCUCAUGCAUAUUACAGAGAGCACUGCUAGCGUUCUACACAUUUCUGAAACUGAAAGUGGUUUAUACAGUUUUUCAUAAUUUUAAGGUAUUCAAAUAAAGCAAUUUAA